AUGAAGCGCAGUAAGCACCGUGGACACAAACAAGACAAAAAUGGAGAUGAGCCUGCUAUCCUGGAGACACAGAACCUGGACCGCCAGGCCAUGUUCACUGGUGGACGCUUUGACCCCGACACCGUCUCUCUGGCGUCGGUUACCGCUGUUACCACUAACGUGUCCAACAAGAGGUCCAAACCUGACAUCAAGAUGGAGCCCAGCUCUGGACGUCCUGUGGAUUACCAAGUGAGCGUUAGUGUAAUCGAGGCCCGGCAGCUAGUGGGUCUCAACAUGGAUCCCAUGGUGUGCGUGGAGAUCGGGGAAGAGAAGAAAUACACGUCCAUGAAGGAGUCCACCAAUUGUCCCUAUUACAAUGAGUAUUUUGUCUUUGAUUUCCACGUCGCUCCGGAUGUGAUGUUUGACAAGAUCCUCAAGUUGUCUGUCGUCCACUCUAAAAACCUCCUGCGAAGUGGUACACUGGUGGGGACUUUUAAAAUGGACGUCGGCACCAUUUACUCCCAACCAGACCAUCAGUUUAACCACAAAUGGGCUUUGCUCUCUGACCCGGACGACAUCACGGCCGGGUGCAAGGGUUACGUCAAAUGCGACGUGGCCGUGGUCGCCAAGGGAGACACCAUCAAGACCCCACACAAGCCCAGCGAGUCGGAUGAAGACGACAUCGAGGGCAACCUGCUGAUCCCGGAUGGGGUCCCUGCAGAGCGCCAGUGGGCUCGCUACUAUUUAAAGGUGUACAGGGCCGAGGGGCUCCCAAGGAUGAAUACGAGCAUCAUGGCUAACGUCAAAAAGGCAUUCAUCGGGGAGAACAAAGACCUGGUGGACCCCUACGUGCAAGUGCACUUUGCUGGGCAGAAGGGUAAGACGUCGGUCCAGAAGAGCUGUUACGAGCCCAUAUGGAACGAGCAGAUCGUGUUCACUGAGAUGUUCCCGCCACUGUGCAAACGUAUGAAGAUCCAAAUCCGAGACUCGGACAAAGUCAACGACGUGGCCAUGGGGACUCAUUUCCUGGAUUUGAGGAAGAUCUCCAAUGACGGUGAUAAAGGUUUCCUCCCCACACUUGGCCCCGCCUGGGUCAAUAUGUAUGGCUCCACGCGCACAUACACGCUAAUGGACGAGUACCAGGAGCUGAAUGAAGGCCUGGGCGAGGGCGUGUCCUUUCGGGCACGCCUGCUCAUCAACCUUGGCGUGGAGAUCUUGGACCCGUCCUCGCCCGAGACUUCCAGCUCCACCGAGGUGCAGUUGGAAAGUAUCCCUAACAUCUCAGAGAACGCAACUGGGAAAAUGGAGGAAUUCUUCCUCUUUGGCUCCUUCCUGGAGGCCACCAUGAUCGACAGGAAGAUUGGAGACAAGCCCAUCCACUUUGAGGUCACAAUAGGUUACUAUGGCGAUGAAAUGGAUGGUGCCAUCCAGCACAAAUCACAAGGCAAGAAAAAGGCCGACGGUGAGGACGAGACAGAACUCAUCCGGGACUCUAGCGAGGACGAACUGGAUGGUGAUGGCGACCUGCAGUCCGUGGCGACCACUCCGCCCGUCAAGCCCGUCGUCACCGACCGAAACUACUUCCACUUGCCGUAUUUUGAGCGCAAGCCAUGCAUCUAUAUCAAGAGUUGGUGGCAGGACCAGCGGCGGAGGCUGUACAACGCCAACAUCAUCGACAACAUCGCUGACAAACUGGAGGAAGGUCUGAACGAUGUGCACGAGAUCAUCAAGACAGAAAAGGCGUAUCCUGAACGCAGGCUGAGGGGCGUCUUGGAGGAGCUCAGCCACAGAUGCAGUCAGUUUCUGGUGCUGGCGAAUACCGACCAGAACCUGUCGGGCAAAACCAAACUGGACCGGGAACGACUCAAGCUGUGCAUGUCCGAAGUGGAGGCGGUCGGCCAGCAGGCCAAAGCUAUGCGGUCCCAGGUGAAGAAGAGCACGGUGAGAGAGAAAGUCAAGCUGACGCAUAACUUCCUCCAAAAGCUCCGCUUCCUGGCAGAUGAACCUCAACACAGCGUACCAGACGUUUUUAUCUGGAUGAUCAGCAACGGGAAGCGUAUUGCGUACGCUCGCGUUCCUUCAAAAGAUAUCUUAUACUCCGGGAUGGAUGAGGAGCGAGGGAAGGACUGCGGCAAAGUCAAAACCAUCUUCCUGCGGAUCCCCGGCAAGCGAGGUUUUGGCUCCGCGGGCUGGACAGUGCAGUCCAAGAUUGAGAUUUACCUGUGGUUGGGUCUGAACCGCCAACGCAAAGACUACCUGUGUGGACUUCCCAACGGAUUCGAGGAGAACCGGCUCGCCAAAGAACCCGUCUCGCCAUUCUCGCCGCCCAUCAGCCUCACUUAUAUGAUGAAGCAGAUAUUCCAACUGAGGGUGCACAUGUAUCAAGCUCGCAGCCUCUUUGCCGCCGACAGCACCGGACUUUCGGAUCCAUUCGCACGUGUCUUCUUCUCCACGCAAAGCCAAGUCACAGAGGUGCUGCCAGAGACGCUUUGCCCGACAUGGGAUCAACUGCUGCUGUUCGAAAACGUGGAGCUGUUCGGCGAGGCUAACGAACUGCGAGAUGACCCCCCCAUUAUAGUCAUUGAGCUCUACGAUCAAGACACGGUGGGCAAAGCGGACUUCAUGGGCAGAACCUUCGCCAAGCCGGUGGUGAAGAUGGCGGAGGAGCAUUACGGACCACCGCGCUUCCCCCCUCAGCUGGAGUACUACCAGAUCUACCGAGGGAACGGCAUGGCUGGGGAGAUGCUGGCUGCCUUUGAGCUGCUGCAGAUUGGCCCUAACGGCAAAGCGGACCUCCCUCCCAUUGAUGGACCGGCAGAUAUGGACCGCGGCCCGCUGCUUCCCGUUCCGAUGGGAAUCAGACCUGUUCUCAGCAAGUACAGAAUAGAGGUUUUAUUUUGGGGCUUGCGGGACCUGAAGAGGGUCAACUUGGCUCAGGUGGACCGUCCUCGUGUGGACGUGGAGUGCGCUGGAAAGGGGGUUCAGUCGGCCCUCAUACCCAACUACAAGAAGAACCCCAACUUCAGCACGCUGGUCAAGUGCUUCGAAGUUGAUUUGCCAGAGAACGAGCUGCUACACCCGCCCCUAAACAUCCGCGUUGUGGACUGCAGGGCAUUCGGCCGCUACACGCUGGUUGGCUCCAACGCCGUCACUAGCCUUAGGAAGUUCAUUUACAGACCCACUGACAAACAGGCCAACAACUGGUCCAACACAGAGGAAAUCAUCGUCGUCAACAUGGAACCUGAGCCCAGUUUUAAGAAGAUGGACACAGUGGUCAAAUUAGAUUCGUGCUCUGACGCUGUGGUAAAGGUUGAGGACGACGACAAAGAUGAAAAAGGAAGGAAGAAGAAGCGGAAGAAGGGCGACGAGACGGAAGACGACGGCCUGGACGAGAGCAUGCUGGACUGGUGGUCUAAAUAUUUUGCCUCCGUUGAGACGCUGGCAGAAGCGCUUAAAGGUCAGGAGGGGGCACUGUCGGAUUCAGAGGAGAAAGAAGACGCAGACCUGGCAGAUGGUGGAGACAUCAAACCUGAUGACUCUCCUGUAAAAGGCAGCAGGAGAGGCAAAGGGAAGAAGGACAAAAAGAAGACCAACGUCGACCCGGCUGAUAAGAAAAAGGCCAAGCUGGAUGAGCUUAAAGUCUACCCCAAAGAGCUGGAGAGUGAGUUUGACAACUUUGAAGACUGGCUGCACAGUUUCAACCUCUUUAGGGGCAAAGGCGGCGACGAUGAUGACCAGAAUGGCUCAGACGAAGACAGGAUUGUUGGGAAAUUCAAGGGCUCACUAUGCCUGUACAAAGUGUCCGAUGAGCUGCCCAGAGACUUUGACUCCAACAUGGGGAUGUUCCAGAAUAUUCCGCACAACGACCCCAUCAAUGUGCUGGUGCGAGUUUACGUCAUCAGGGCGACCGAUCUUCACCCGGCGGACAUUAACGGCAAAGCCGAUCCAUACAUCGCCAUCAAACUAGGAAAGAAUGAAGUGAAGGACAAAGAAAAUUACAUCUCCAAACAGCUCAAUCCGCUGUUUGGAAAAUCGUUCGACAUCGAGGCCACCUUUCCAAUGGACUCCACGCUCACCGUGUCCAUCUACGACUGGGACCUGGUGGGCACCGAUGAUCUGAUUGGUGAAACCAAACUGGACUUGGAAAACCGCUUCUACAGCAAGCACAGGGCCACCUGCGGCAUCACAGCUAGCUACACCACCCACGGUUACAACAUUUGGCGAGACCCAAUGAAACCCACUCAGAUCCUGGCAAAGCUGUGCAAGGACGGCAAAUUGGACGGGCCUCACUACGGACCUGGUGGACGGGUCAAAGUGGAGAACCGCGUUUUCAUGGCGCCCACAGAGAUAGAGGAUGAAAACGGUCUAAAGAAGCAAACCAAUGAGCACCUGGCGCUGACCGUGCUCAAGCACUGGGAGGAAAUACCGCGGGUUGGCUGCAAAUUGGUACCGGAGCACGUGGAGAACAGGCCGCUCCAUCACCCGGACAAACCGGGAAUUGAACAAGGCAGAAUUGAGAUGUGGGUGGACAUGUUCCCCAAGGACAUGAUGGCACCUGGUCCUGCCCUUGACAUUUCACCCAGGAAACCAAAAAAGUUUGAGCUGCGGGUCAUCAUUUGGAACACAGAUGAAGUAGUACUGGAAGACGAUGACAUCUUCACCGGGGAGAAAUCCAGUGACAUAUUCGUCAGGGGUUGGCUCAAGGGGCAGCAGGAAGACAAGCAGGACACAGAUGUCCACUACCACUCCAUCACCGGCGAGGGCAACUUCAACUGGCGCUUUAUCUACCCCUUUGACUACCUGAUGGCUGAGGAGAAGAUCGUCAUCUCCAAGAAGGAGUCCAUGUUUGCCUGGGAUGAGACAGAGUACAAAAUUCCGGCCCGCCUAAACCUACAAGUGUGGGACGCCGACCACUUCUCGGCCGAUGACUUCCUAGGUGCAAUCGAGCUGGACCUGAAUCGUUUCCCGCGCGGCGCCAAGACAGCCAAACAGUGCACUAUCGAGAUGGUGACCAACGAAGCCGACAUGCCCACUGUGUCCAUCUUCAAGCAGAAGAGGAUCAAAGGAUGGUGGCCUUUUGUGGCUCGAAACGAGGAUGACGAGUUUGAACUCACCGGCAAAGUAGAGGCAGAACUUCAUCUUCUGACUGGUGAAGAGGCAGAAAAAUGCCCAGCGGGGGAAGGUCGCAACGAGCCGGAACCUCUGGAGAAACCCAACCGUCCUGACACCAGCCUUCUGUGGUUCCUCACUCCCUUCAAAGCUGUUAAACACUUGGUGUGCACGCAGUACAAGUGGCUGGCCAUCAAGAUUGUCACGGCUCUCCUGAUGCUGGCCCUGCUAGCAAUUUUCCUCUAUAGCAUGCCGGGUUACAUGGUCAAGAAAAUGCUGGGAGCCUGA